AUGGAUUCCGAUGCUGGCUCCACCUGCAGUCGCUCCUCGUCUCCAGACCUGGUGGUGGAUGACUCUGCAGGGAGCUUCUUCUCCAAUAAGAUGUUCCAGAAGUACUGCCAAGAGAACAGAGCAGACAGCGAGGCCGGCCAAGGCAGGACGGAGCGCUGCAGCGGGGGCGGUAAGAGCAAAUCCAGAUCUGAGCUCAGCAAGGAAGAGAUGCAAGAUCAGAGGCUGAAAGUUAACAGUCGAGAAAGGAAGAGGAUGCAUGAUCUGAACCAGGCGAUGGAUGGCCUCAGAGAGGUCAUGCCAUACGCACAUGGACCCUCGGUCCGCAAGCUGUCAAAGAUCUCCACCUUGCUCUUGGCUCGCAACUACAUCCUCAUGCUUUCCAGCUCUUUGGAGGAGAUGAAGAAACUGGUUGGGGACGUUUAUGGCGGCAAUGCCGCCGUCCAGAGCCGCACAGCUCCCCAUCCCACCAUUACCCCUGCGGCCACGACCGCCCACCUCCCUCUGCAUCCUCUGGCCCAGUCCCUUCACUCUCUGGUGGGCAGCACACCUUCAGCUCUUCAGCAUCACUCAUCUUCUGCCUCCUCAGCCCCAGCUCCACACUCCCCUCCAUCAGCCGGCUUCCUGGGUUUUCACGCUCCAGUCCAGAGCCUCCUGAAGGACCCUCUCCACCUGAGCAGCUCCUACAGACACUUCCCUGGCAUGCCCUGCCCUUGCUCACUCUGCCAGCCUCUGCCCACCACUACCUCCACAUUACACAGCCUGUCUAUGAGCAAGUGA